AUGCUUAUCGGUGGGCUUCUGCUGCUUCUUUGCAGCGGCGUCACCGCUAAAGGUGGAAGUCGAGGCUCUUCAGGCGCCCGCUUAUCUUCUUCCGGCUCGCGAUCGUCUUCUUCCAGUCGUACCUCGUCCUCCAGCACAUCUUUCAGGUAGUAGUGAUGUCUCAGCACCUUUUUUUUCUUCGAAAAGGAAAAAAAAAUGGAACAUAUUUGAUAAUAAAUUUACGUUUCGAAUUUUUACUUUUUUUUUCCAUAGAGCUAAAUAUUUCCUAAGAUUUUUUUCUGCAGGUCUGGCGGACUGUCUACAGGCUCUAGCUCUUUCAACACGGGUUUCCGGACUUCAGUUUUCCAUUCUUCGUCUUCUACCUACUUCUCUUCUGGCUAUGGGGGCACUCACAUCAUCCUUGUACCUUCAACUCCGAUAUUGUAAGUUAUCUUUUAAAAUUGGUUCCACUUAUUCAGUUACUCUUCUCGUCCUUAUUACUGGGGCCAUACCUACUACCCGGCCUCAUCUGGAUAUCCGCUUGUCUGCGAGUAUCGAAUUGAGGAGAGCGAUGAAGACUUCAGAAAUGUUGGUUCACAGUUUCUCUGUCGACACUGCUAUUUCUUCUAAAGAUUUUUCAUUUUUUCUUCGGACAUGUAGAUGAAAAAGGAGAAAUAUGUCGAAUAUUUAGGGCCAUUAUAUGAAAAGGUCUGGACUGUCUGCACGUUAGUUUUACUCACCCGGAAUGGUCACCAAAUAAAAAAUUAGUUUUUUUUGAAGGACUUCCGGUGAAUGAGGAGCUCUCAGUCAGUUCAAAAACUUGAAGAAUGGCUUUUAUCAGCAAUUAUGAUAAGAGUUUUUUUUAUAAGAAGUUUCGGAAUUUUGAUCAGGUGACAUUCUCAAACGGCACACAUCCGCAGAACGUUGUUUUCGGGUGCCCGAGAGGCUCAGAAUGUUGCGGACUCGAUUGUUGUCAGAACAACACCACCCUUUAUAUCAUGUGAGUCUAGAAAAAAGGAUUUUGCAACUUUUUGCAAAUUUUUUUUUAGACUUAGCGUGUUUGUUCUAUUGCUCAUUUGCAUCUGCUCGAUAAAGUGCAUGAAAGGGUGUCGCUUCAAUAAAAGUAAAGGAUACUUUUUUUUCUCACUCAAGAAGUUAAAUACAGGAGCUCCGACAGUAGCUUUCUGUACUCCAGAGCCGGUCCCACCGAUUGUUCCUGUCUUCACAAUUGGCCCAGAAAUGUCGGUUCAUCACGUCCACGUUGUCACAACUUAG